UUGACGACCGCACUCCAGCGGACCAAGCAAGCCAGCUAUCGUUGUAUUAUCUAGAAAUAAAAUGUAAACCGCGUCCUGUAAUUCUAUGUCGACCAUAAAGGCCUUCGUACAAAGAUGAAAACGUUGUCAAGAAGCGUUGACAUUACUGGUUUCUUUUUCACCGUCAAAUAUUGCCAAGUGUGAUACUGACAGCAGCAUUGCCUGGCUAGCGCAUUAGCAACAUCUUCAGGAAUUCGCUUAUAGCCUAGCUAAAUUAAUUGGCCGUAGCUACUGGUAGUUCUCCAAAGGCUCCGCAACAGCCAUGGGAAUACUUUUUACCAAGCUAUGGAGGCUUUUCAAUCAUCAAGAGCACAAGGUUAUUAUUGUGGGCCUGGACAAUGCGGGGAAGACCACCAUACUUUACCAGUUUUCUAUGAAUGAGGUGGUCCACACGUCUCCUACAAUAGGCAGCAACGUGGAGGAGAUAGUGGUGAACAACACGCACUUCCUGAUGUGGGACAUUGGAGGACAGGAGUCACUGAGAUCCUCCUGGAACACGUACUACACUAACACAGAGUUUGUGAUCGUAGUGGUGGACAGCACAGACAGAGAGAGAAUCUCUGUCACCAAAGAGGAACUCUACAGAAUGCUUGCACAUGAAGACCUGAAGAAGGCAGGCCUGCUGAUUUUUGCUAACAAACAAGAUGUGAAAGGCUGUAUGUCUGUGGCUGAGAUCUCCCAGAGCCUGCAGCUCACCUCAGUCAAAGACCACCAGUGGCACAUCCAAGCCUGCUGCGCCCUCACUGGAGAGGGGUUGUGCCAGGGCCUGGAGUGGAUGAUGUCACGACUACGGGUUAGAUGACCUUUGACGCUGAUCAACAACAACAGUGUGAUGUUCCUUUCUUCUCUCUACACCUUCAGUCCUGAGGGAUUGGGUGGUUUACAGGCGGCUC